UCAAAUCCUCCCAUGUUAACGCAACCGACCAGAGGAAGAGAUGAAAAAAAAAGCCUCAUAGGACGGCUGUGUUGGCGUGCGUGUAAAGUCUUUGGAUUUGAAAUCUGAUGUCUCUAUCACAGUUGGAAAAUGGAAAGAAGCAAAAAGUUAUCAAGGCGUGAUUAAAGGAGUGAUUGCACUGUUUAGCCCGCAUUCCAAUUCCACGCGCUUGAAGAUUCAAAUGCCCCUUUAAAAGCCCAUUCCAUUCAAACUUCAAAUCAUUAUUAGUGUUGCUCUGUAAUUGAUGGUUUCUUGAUUAAUCCCACUGCACAUUUGGGCUUUAGUUCUGUAAUGAGAGUGAUGAUGGAGGGAGUAAAGUUGUUAUGUCUGUGUUUUUUUGCUUUGCUGCUAUGCCCUGCUGCCAUGGCUGCCAAGCCCAGGAAGCCAAUAGAUAUGCCUUUUCAUACUAAUUAUGCUCCUAGCUGGUCUGCUCACCACCUUAAAAUGUUUCAUGGUGGGAGAAAGGCAGAGAUCCUUCUGGACAAACAGUCAGGGGCGGGCUUUGAGUCCAAGGGCACAUAUCUAUUUGGGCACUUCAGCAUGCAGAUAAAGCUGGUCGGCGGUGAUUCUGCAGGCACUGUCACAGCUUUUUAUCUUUCUUCUACAAACGCAGAGCACGACGAGAUAGACUUCGAAUUUCUGGGCAACAGAAGUGGGCAACCUUACAUUCUCCAGACCAACGUGUUCACUGGUGGGAAGGGUGACAGGGAGCAGCGCAUCUAUCUCUGGUUUGAUCCCACCAAAGACUACCAUUCCUACACUGUACUCUGGAAUAUGUACCAGAUUGUUCUCUUCAUAGAUGACAUACCCAUAAGGGUGUUCAAGAACAGUAAGGAUUUGGGCGUGAGGUACCCAUUCAACCAGCCAAUGAAAAUAUACUCAAGCCUGUGGAAUGGUGACGACUGGGCCACACAAGGGGGAAAAGAAAAGACUGAUUGGAGUAAAGCACCAUUCAUUGCAUCAUACAGGGGAUUUUACAUUGAUGGGUGUGAGGCAUCUGUGAAUGAAUCUGAGUGCCCCACAGUGGGGCGGCGAUGGUGGGAUCAAGAGGCAUUCAAGGACUUGGAUGGGCGGCAGUACAGGUUCCUCAAAUGGGUGAGGCUCCAUUACACCAUCUACAAUUACUGUACUGAUAGAGUCCGAUAUAAACAAAUGCCCCCUGAAUGCAAGCGUGAUCGGGAUGCAAUAUGAAAAGUUCCAGACAGAGAUUGCUGAAUCCCCUUCCUUGAUUUUUCUCAAUUACUGGUUUUCAAUGUAGGCCUUAGUUUCUGCUUCCUUUUUUUUUUUGCUAUUGCCAUUGCUGUCCGUCUCUUCCUCUUCAAAGGCUUUAAUCCCAUGGAAAAAGCUGAGAAAUUUUGAUUGAAAUUUACAGCAGGAUCUGGAGCUUUUAGAAAUAAAAAAGAGGAGAGAUUUAAUUGUUAUUAUCAUUAUUAUUUACAGCUUCCCAGAGAUUAUUUUGGUGUCAUGAUCUCUACUUAAAUAUAAUAUUAAUUUUAUUUUUAAUGAA